CAUCACCAUCGCAGCCUUCAUCCAGCGCUGGGAACAGCGGUGCAUAUACGUUGGGCUCCCAUCCUGACUGUCAUUUUGGUCCAAACCACCCACCCAACCGAGAGUUAUCCACACACAGAGAUCAUUGUGCGUGUUGAGGAGGCUCCGGAGAGAGAGAGAGAGAGAGAGAGAGAGAGAGAGAGUGAGAGAGAAAGAGAGAGAGAGAGAGAGAGAGUGAGAGAGAAAGAGAGAGAGAGAGAGGUCCUCCUUGGCACACUCCUCCAGCAGUGUGUCAGUGAGGCUUUGACUGACUGGCUGACUGACUGACGUUGGGAUUCUGGAGGAAACACGCCGGGAAAGGGACGACUCUCUCUCUCUCCUCUUUUUUUCUGUUUUCACACCUUCCUUCCUCGCUGUCUCGUCUCUCACCGCCGAUGGUUUUCUAGCUGCGCCGCCUCGUCUCCACCUCAUCCUCGGAUUUUUCUGCUUUAUUUCUUCCUCCCCUUGAUUGGCCGAGACCGGAGGGGGGGGCUUCAUCCCAGCCACCCUGGGCCGGGCCGCGGGGCUUGUUCAGCGAGCCUUACAGCUGAAGUUGGCACCCUGAGAUGAACGCCUUGAGACCCCGGAGCGGGGCUCUCUCCUCGCCGGGGAGAGGCUCUGGAUCGUGGUGGUGCUGGUGGUGGUGGUGGGGGGUUGUGGUGGUCGGCGUGGCGGUGGGCUCGGGGGAUCCGUGGCUGUCCGCGGAGGCAUGCCCCGCGACGUGCUCCUGCAGCAGCACCAGGAUCUCUUGCGUGGACCCGGAGGUGGGCAUCAACGCCUUCCCGGUCCUGCAGAACAAGGCGGAGAUGGAGAACAUCACUGACAUUUACAUCGCAAACCAGAGCAGCUUCUCCUCCAUCAACGACAAAGACCUGCACGAGUACAGGAAUCUCAGGAACCUAACGGUGACCAACAGCAGGUUAACAUAUGUUUCAAAGCUGGCCUUUCAGAACAACAUCAAGUUACAGUACCUGAAUCUGAAAGAUAACAACCUGUCAUCCCUGUCCUGGAGGAUAUUCAAACACAUCAACAUCUCUUAUCUGAUCCUGUCAGGGAACCCGUUGCACUGCUCCUGUGAGAACAUGUGGAUCAAGCUGUGGUUAGGAGAGGAAGCAGACACUCAGGAGCUGCGCUGCAUUGAGGAUGGAGGAGCACGCAAGCUGCUGUCCAGACUGACAUUACCUAACUGUGAGGUUCCCAUGGCAACGUUGAGCCCAUCCAAAGUGACGGUAAUGGAGGGGGAGAACGUGCAGCUGUCCUGCAUGACCUCCGGCGUGCCCUCACCUCAGCUGAUCUGGAACAUGACGAUAGUCACCUCCUAUGAGAUGGAGACAUCGGGCCAGUUUUCAGUGCUGCGACUGUCCAACCUGUCGUCACAGGAUCACAACACCAAGAUCAGCUGCACGGCUGAAAACAUCGUAGGAGAGAAGGAGUCCUCUCUGGUGCUGGAUAUACUUUUUCCUCCCAAAAUCACGAAGCUGAGCGACGCGAUCCCAGACCACAACUGGUGCAUCCCUUUUAGUGUUGCAGGAAACCCAGAGCCACAGUUACAGUGGUUUCUGGAUGAUGAAGCUGUGACGGAGGGGCGCUACAUCAUGACCAUGAUCCAUGACGUCACAGAGAGAGAGUACCACGGCUGUCUGCAGCUCGACAACCCCACACACCUCAACAAUGGGCGAUACACGCUGCUGGCUCAAAACAUAUACGGGUCGGACCAGAAGGAAGUGGAGGCUCACUUCAUGAGGAAACCCUGGGAGGGAUCUGACAAGGAUCCUUACUAUUAUGAUGUAACCACAGAUACCCCUCCUGUGGACCCACCUGAGGAUCGAGUCGCUGUGUACGUGGUUGUAGGCAUCGCUGCUGUAGCCUUCACUGGUUUCCUUCUGAUGUUGGUUAUUCUCAAGUUUGGAGGAAACUCCAAGUUUGGCAUCAAAGGACCCUCUUCGGUGAUCAGCAACGAUGAUGACUCGGCCUCUCCUCUUCACCACGUCUCCAACGGAAGCAACACUCCUUCCUCCUCAGAGAUGGGCCCUGAUGCAGUAAUCAUCGGCAUGACCAAGAUACCAGUGAUAGAAAACCCGCAGUACUUCAGGAGCACCAACAGCCUGCUCAAGACAGACACAUUCGUCCAGCAUAUUAAGAGGCACAACAUUGUGCUGAAGAGAGAGCUGGGAGAAGGCGCCUUUGGCAAAGUUUUCUUGGCUGAGUGUUACAACCUCUCACCUGACCAGGAGAAGAUACUGGUGGCUGUCAAGACGCUUAAAGAGGCCAGUGAAAAUGCCAGGAAGGAUUUCCACCGUGAGGCCGAGCUGCUGACCAACCUUCAGCAUGAACACAUUGUCACUUUCUAUGGAGUCUGUGUGGAGAGCGACCCUCUCAUCAUGGUGUUCGAGUACAUGAAACACGGAGAUCUCAACAAGUUCCUCAGGGCUCACGGUCCGGAUGCAGUUCUGAUGGCAGAAGGCCAAACAACCAGACCAGUGGAGCUGACUCAGUCUCAGAUGCUGCACAUCGCCCAGCAGAUAGCAUCUGGCAUGGUCUACCUGGCGUCACAGCACUUUGUGCACCGCGACCUCGCCACCAGGAACUGCCUUGUGGGUGAGAACCUGCUGGUAAAGAUCGGAGACUUUGGCAUGUCCAGAGACGUCUACAGCACUGACUACUACAGGGUAGGUGUCGGAGGUCACACCAUGCUGCCCAUCCGCUGGAUGCCUCCUGAAAGCAUCAUGUACAGGAAAUUCACAACAGAAAGUGAUGUUUGGAGUCUAGGAGUUGUUCUCUGGGAGAUCUUCACCUACGGAAAACAGCCUUGGUACCAGCUCUCCAAUAAUGAGGUGAUAGAGUGUAUAACCCAGGGCAGGGUGCUGCAGCGCCCCAGGACCUGUCCUAAAGAAGUGUAUGACCUGAUGCUGGGCUGCUGGCAGAGAGAGCCGCACAUGAGACUCAACAUUAAAGAAAUCCACGGUUUGCUCCUCAAUCUGGCCAAGGCCUCACCUGUAUACCUGGAUAUACUGGGCUGAACACAGGAUGAAGAAGGAGAGUUUUGGAUGUGAGUGUGUGUGAUGUGUGCGUGCAUUUAGGUGGGGAUGGUUACCAUAUUUAAGUGUGUAUGUGCAUUUAGGGUUGCAUGCAUGUGUAUGUAUGUGUGUGUGUGUGUGUGUGUGUGUGUGUGUGUGUGUGUGUGUGUGUGUGUGUGUGUGUGUGUGUGUGUGUGUGUGUGUGUGUGUGUGUGUGUGUGUGUGUGUGUGUGAGCCAGGUUCGGACAUUGUGGCACCUCUGACCCAAGUGCACAAUGUUCCCGCAAGUGUGUGAGUGGAAGGCGCCGCUGUACAGGAUGUGAAGCUAUUAUUAAACUCUUAAAGGCAAUCAAAAAAAUUCCUCAACUCAUCCCCAAUCACCUCUUUCCUCCCUGCCAAUUUCCUCUCCUUUGUGCGUUCUCGACUCUUUCCUUCCUUCCUUACAGAAGAGACAUUUACUAAGAGUAAUUUAACUUUGGAGGAAGAAGAAAAAGAUUCUCACUUCUUUUCAAAUGCUUUAAAACUGACUGGGGCUAAAUUUGAUAAAAACCUGAUUAACAGGACUUUAAAUUAAGAGACUCAUCCUUUGCUGCCUGUCGGACAACAGGACUCGUUUGAACAUCCGGAAAUUUCAAGGAGCACAGCGAAGAAGAGGGAAGAUUUCCGGCAAAGCUUCGAUCCUUUUUGCGUGUAAAUACGAGACUGGUGAGACAUUUCAGAGGAAAUGGCUCGGUGAGGUGUUGAGCCAUAAAGACACUGUGUUUUCCCUGCCUCUCGCCCUGUCCGUUUAUCUGUCCGUCUGUCUUUUCGUACGUCUCUCAGAACUGUGUGCGCGUAUUAAUGUCAGCAUUCAUCCAACAAAGCUACACAGGUGAUGAUGAACUCAUUGGUACACAUACAGUGAAUUGAGUGAAAAAUGACCAACAAAGGAGGAAAAACAAACACAAUGUGCUUUCCUUCCUGUCAGAGAAAAUUAGGAGGUGCGAUGAAAAGACAAUUUCUGGUUGCUGAUACAAAAAACAACCAGUAAGAGUACUGUGUUAACUGAGGUUUAACUGAACAAGAGAGCCGAGGUAUUCUACUAGCAUUUGUGAGUGCUGAACGCCAGAAAUUGUAAAAUAGAUAAAUAAAAUGAAGCUUCGUCCAUCCAGCGUUAACCUACAGUGUUAGCUCAUGGAACAGACUGACUCAUGAUUUUAUAGAUAUACACAUUCAAACUGCAUUUCACCAUUGUUUUCUGUAUUACUUUACUCAGGCCUCGUCUGCACUGUCAUACAGCACAGGGUAACAUGAUGACCACUCCACCACCACCAACCCCCCUAAAGUGGCAGAUGCUUCACUUGUGAUGUCAAAGCGCUUCGUGUCGGAGGUCAAUUGAUUCAUUUGUCCACAGCUGUCCAACAAUCGCGAGAUCGUGGCGUUGAGUUUAGGGAUGGGGUGGAGGAGGGAGGGAGGGAGGGAGGUGUAAAGGUUGCUUAGGGAGGCUGGGUCUUUUGAGUGGUCAGAUCACGGUCAGAUGUGUGGGUGGCGGCGCUCUAGAAGGUGUGGUUCAUUUGGUCAACCCAUAUUAAAUCAUCAAGGCUCUCAGCACUCAGACAUCCUUGAAAACCACAUCUGCACUGGAGGGGAUGCACACGAGAACACACGCACGCACUGUAUACCUUAUCCUGUCAUCCCUCCAUCUCCACACACACACACACACACACACACACACACACACACUGGAAGACACUCAAAACGGGCCCGAGAAGGAAAUUGAAUUGUGCAUGUUUUAUUAUUUGAGCGGUGCAGUGCUUUAGCCAGGCCCCGUCCUCUGUAAUGGUGUAAUGUAUAUUUCAUUACAGCCUAAUGGGCUCCAUUAGCACAGUCUCCUCACAGACAUUCAAGACUUAUUGUUUUAUGGCCAAGAAGGAGGGAUGGAGAGGAUAGGAGAGGUGAAGGAGAAGAAAACAGAAAGAGAGGGGCCUGGAAUGAGGAGCAGUGGAGAGGAGAAAAUAAGAGGAGAGGUAAUAAUGCAUAUUGGGGAAGAAAUGGAGAGGAAGGAAGGGAGAGAGUUCAGAAUGGAAGCAAUGGGGUAGAAAGGAGAAGGCGAUGGGAGUGUGAAGGUACGAGUGGGUCAUAUGGAGAAAGAUGAAGGAGAAGGAGAAGAUAGUGGAGUGAAAGGGAGGGAGGGAGGGAGGGAGGUGUGAGUGUCCUCAGGGAGAAAGUGAGAGUGAACAUCCAUCAUUACUGUGGCCUGCAGAUGUUCUGUAAGCCACAACUUCAACUCCACACUCCCAUCACAUUCCUAUGGCUGCCCUCAACCACACACACACACACACACACACACACACACACACACACACACACACACACACACACACGUAAACACACUGAGACACGCACGCACUAGCUCUCCUCAUACAUUUUCCUGGCAAUCCACCAACAGCUUACACUGAAAAUAAACUCAAUAAUGUACCACACAUCCCCAUUAUUGAGAACCACUUCACUCACUUACAGUACAGCUCACACAUCUGAAUGCUCACAGACACACUGUAUAUAUAUAUACGGCUCACAUGCAUGCAAGGAAACACAUUUAACGUUUGUUUUUUGCAUUUUACUGGGGCAUAUUUUACUCUUUCUGGAAGUAUUAAAAAAAACAGUCAUACUCACUGCGGUUUCACUAACAGCCAUUUUAAUUAGAUGUAAAACAUCAACCUGGAAUUUUGAAGUCUCGUUUGUUUUAUUAACAACAGCACUUGAUGGUAUUGAUGUUUGUGAAUUUUGAAAAUGUUGAUUUGAUUGAUUUCUAUUAUUAUUAUUAUUAUUAUUAUUUAUAAAUAAGAAGCAUUUUUGUACAUUUCUUUCUAUAUCUAAGGUUGCCUUUUGCAACAACCAAUUGACUGAAACUGAACACCGGUUUAGUUGAUUAUGUUUGAGCAAAUGUAUAAGAUAAUCUUCAGUGUAUAUGUAUUUUUAUGUCAGGCUCCCUCUUAACAGCGACCGAGCCUGUCCUCAUGUACAGCCUGCUCUACAACAGGGAUGGAUAUUUCACUGGUCCGUCGCAUUUGUAGAUCCGGUCUGACAUACUGUGAAAUUAUUGUCGCCUGCCAGAGCACACACGUGAAGGGUUAAUGGCUGCAGCAUUAACAGUCAAGGCCAACAAGGUCCUCAAAAUCCAUCCCUGCUGUACAGUCAAGUAGAGUUUGCACUGAGUGAGCGCACUCAACACGAUUCAGAAAAAACUUGCCACACAAUAUCUCUGUGCAAUAACAGAGGGCAGGGUGUGAGCUGGAAAAAACUGUGAGAAACAAAACGCAGCGCAGACAAACGCCUCUGAUGUCAAAAAGAGUAGCGUUACAUGGAAGCAAACAUCUCAGCUGGCUGUGCUGCUUGUGUGCGUACCCGCUGUGUUUUCCUUUUUUAAAAAAAUAAUCAACUAUGUCAAGGUGGACGGCGGUAAAGCUGCUGCUGUUGCAGUUGCAGUAGGAGGCUGUGAGAGAGAUGUCUGGUGUGGUGAAAAUUGAUCAGCACAGAUCGUCCGUCUUCGCAGCGAUGCCUCAGAUCAAAGAUUUUAGUCAAACACAGAAAAUAAAAAACAACAGAGGAAAAACAACUGCUGUAUGUAUGAACGGACACCUCAGACAAGGAGGGACUGACAAUCACAGACUUCUCUCUUUCUCUCUCUUAUUCAAGUGACCUACUGUAAAAUAGACUAUUCAACCAACGUUCCUCUUCUAUGCUGCCUAUACUGUAUGUGAUAGUCUUAAACUUUGGUCUUUAGAAGUGCUACUUUUUUUUUCUUUUUUUGUAAAAUGAAAUAACAGCGAGAGGAAUGAACAAAAAUAUGUGUACAAAUGUGAAUAAGCUGCUGGAAGAAAUAAGCAUCGCUAACUGCUGUGUCCAAGACUGUGUCAGUAUCUAGAUUGUACUAUUUUCUUCUUUCAUCUUGGAAGUGGUGGGCAGAGAAUUGGGAAGCUGCAUGGGACUCACAAAAAUACACAAAAUGACAUAUAGCAGCCCCCGGGAUGCGGAGCACUGUUUGCUCAUUCCCCCGGAGGUGUGUUUGUAUGUGUGUGUGUGUGUGCGUGUGUGUUUGUGUGUGUGUGUGUGUGUGUUUGAAGAAGGCUGAUUGAUGCUGGAGUGAGUCAGGAGGGAUCUGUAGGCCGAGUUCAGUCUCCAGCCAAAUCCUAGUUCAAAUGCAAUGAGAUUCGACACAGGAAUCAGUAAUCGAUUUGUUGUCGCUGUUCACCAAUUCAUGAUAAAUGACUUUACCCAGUCGUGUAGGACUGCGGUUGGUAUUAUGGCAGCUAAGAUUUAUGGAAUCAAUCAAUUGCUUUAUUUAUGACUCUAAAAAUCAGUCUUCUUCUUCUUGAUACAACUUCCUAAAGCCUGAGUUUCACGCGGGUAUAUCAGCAAUAUUUACAGAUAUUUUUCCUUCGCCUGUCGCCUCACUUCAACAUAGUUUGAGCUAAAGUUUGGGCUAAAACCACGUGACUCAGUGCGUACCGAAGCAUAUUCCACUAAAGUCAGAUACACAUCACAACUUUGAGUGUGUUAUGAUCCAUAUCGCGUUUAAUCCCCCACUCUCGCACAAACCCAACAUCAAAGUCUAAGCUAAUAGAGCUGAAAUAUCAUAAAGGUCAUCUUUGAGAUUACCUUUGUGCUUGGAUGCUUCUGGAGCCCCAAUGCCCUGAAGAAUGUAAUACCAGGAAAACUGCUUCUCUACAAAGAAAAAAAGAAAAAAAAUGAAACUGUGAUUUGCUAUAUGCAGUAUCUGGUUUUUUGGUACCAUUUUUGUUUUGCUAUUAUUAUUUUGUUCUGUGCUCUAUGUCUCUUGUGUUUAGAAGAUUUCACUGCUGCCACCGUGAUAGAAACAAAAACAAAUUUAGGAUGUUUUUGUGGGUGUUUGGAAGCUUAUAAAGUAGGACAGAGGGCAAAACUGCUGUGAGGUAUAUGUAUGAACGAGCUGUUAAAAUGUUAUUCCUAUGCCUAAAAUUUGCUCUUCAACAUGUAAGAAACAUCUGUAUUGCAAAGCACACAAAGUAAUUAAAAGCUGGAAAUAUUGUGAUGGA